CCGUGGUUAUUAAUAAUUCCAUGAGAGGCUGGAGCCAGCCGAUGAAUACGACUGGGCAGUUGUUUGUCCUUGAAAGCGACAGCAGAAAUGUGCUGGCUGCAUGAGUGAGCCGUGCAAGCAGUGGUGCCUUGAUCACAGCUGCGAGAUGGAUCCGGAUGGCAGGGGCUGCUGUGCUCCACGAAGGAGACACCAUUGUCUGGAAAGCAAAUGUUACAUGUGUUUGUCCGUGGACUAAACCCACAGGAAAGGGGUGAAAGGACUUCGAAAGGGUGCAAAAGGCAAAGAGUCUGUGCGCAGCUCAGUAGGUGGAGGACGAUGGCCAGCGCUUGGAGAGGGCGAGCGGUGGUGUUUGUGUGGUGUGCCGGCGGCCGACGAUCCGCGCUGUAUCCAUUCCCCGCUCGAGUCCUCGGCUUCGCUGCAACCCGACUGAGUGCCGGCGAUUCGACGAGGUGGCGGUCCACCUCCUCCAUGACAGGCUAUUCUGAACUAAGCAGGGAAAGAUCUAAAACUAUCUCCUCCUUCUACAAUCAAUCCGCGAUAGAUGCAGCAGCUGAAAAGGCAUCGGUGCGACUGACACCCACUACCAUGUUGUAUUCAGGGAAAUCGCCAGAUGGAAGUCAUAUCCUGAAGAGUGCCAAGUACCUGUACAAAGAAUUACCUGUCCGCAUUGCCCAUCGGAUUAAGGGAUUUCGGAGCCUUCCUUUCAUCAUUGGCUGCAAUCCCACAGUUCUGCAGGUGCAUGAAUUAUACAUCAGGGCCUUCCAGAUGCUGUCAGAUUUCCCACCAGUCACCAAUGGGAAGACGGAGACACAGUACGGAAAGUUGGUCCAGCAGCUUCUGGAUGAUCACAAAGAUGUUGUCACGAUGCUGGCUGAAGGUUUCAAAGAAUGCCGUAAACAUAUUCAGGACGAAUCGUUAAUCCGAUCUUUCCUGGACAACACCUUGACCUCCCGCUUGGGAAUUCGUAUGUUGGCAACACAGCACCUGACCCUUUAUGAGGAUAAUCCUGACUUUGUUGGAAUUAUCUGCACACGACUUUCUCCAAAGAGGAUCAUUGAGAAAUGGGUAGACUUUGCUCGGCGACUGUGUGAGCAUCAGUAUGGAAACUCUCCUCGGGUGCGGAUAAAUGGUCACGUGGCAGCGAGGUUUCCCUACCUCCCCAUGCCGUUGGACUACAUCCUUCCUGAACUGCUGAAAAAUGCAAUGAGAGCCACUAUGGAGAGUCACCUGGAGACCCCUUACAACGUCCCUGAUGUUGUGAUCACUAUUGCCAACAACGAUAUUGAUUUUGUUAUCAGGAUUUCAGACCGCGGAGGUGGGAUUCCACACAACAUCAUCGGCAACGUGAUGAACUAUCACUUCACCACAGCCGAGGAGACCAGCCAGGAUUCCAGAACCAACCCGUUUUACGGUCACCUGGUCAGCAGCGGCCUGCAGUCAGGGCCCAUGCACGGGUUUGGAUUUGGUCUGCCCACAUCUCGUGCUUAUGCAGAGUACCUGGGAGGAACGCUCUCCAUUCAGUCCUUGCAAGGCAUCGGAACAGAUGUUUAUUUGCGUCUAAAGCACAUUGACGGGAGGGAAGAAAGCUUUCGCAUUUAAACUGGCAGCUGGGCAGCCAGACAUGGUGGACAUUGUUACUAAGAGGCUGUACAGUAAUUCUAGGUUCCAACUGAAUCAUGCUUGCUGUAAUUGGGGUAUAAAUGGAAGUAUUUCUGGAAAUCUGUUUUUGAAUAACAAGUAAAAAGAAUUGUACGGAUAACCCCUGUAGUUAGCAUCACCUGAGCAUUGCAGAGUCUCUGACCGAGCUGCGAGGACCGGUGAACAUUAUUUACAGGAUUAACAUCUACACAAUCGAGAAUGGAUUUUCAUUGACCAGGCUGACAAAGAUGCCAGCAAUCACUGGUCAGGCAACAGUACCCUCUGCUGCUCCCUGCCUGCAGUGACAGACAAAAUUAUCAUAGCCUUGAAACUGAAGACAAACGGCUAAACCUGUACACAAGAUAGAACACGUUUGAUAUAGAACACUUGGAAUAUUCAAAAAUAUUUUAUUGCCACUUUUUGAAGAGGUUAUGUUGGUAAAUGUUUCUGGGUUUGAUCAUCAGAGACUGCCAGCUAUUUUUUACUGAAACCUCACUUUGUGCAGUAUUCUACAGACUCAAAGUUAAUACACAUCUCAGGUGGAUAACGAGAGGAACUGCAAUUUGCAUUCCAGAUCAUGCCAAUUCAAACAUCACUUACCAAUGCAGAAAAUACUCAGGAGGUCAGUCAGCAGUCAUGGAGAGAAACAGAAUUAACAUUUUAGGUCAAAAACAUUUCAUUAUAACCAUUUACUUUGUUAGCUUUAAGUUGAAUUUGCAAUAUGACUCAAUGCUGAUGCAGCAUAUAUUCACAAGAACCUUGGGAUUUUUAGUCAACCGAGAAGCAACUCUAUACCAGUUGUUUGUUCAAAAGAAAUAACCAAUUCAGAAUCGGGUUUAAAGCAGAGUUAAUUGCAGCCCAGCAGUGACCCAGAAUCUUUUACAGAUUCAGCUUUUAAAUCUCAAGUUCCUACCAAGGAUGGGUCUUUCACUUUAAGCUGAUUUAUCAACCAAUGUUUUCUCAUUUUGCAAUUCCUUUCCACAAGCUUAGUCAAACUGAGCUCAUUGUUUCUGGUAAGUGCAAUUCUGGAAAGAGAUACUGCACAGGGAAGCCCCCUUUACAAAACAAGGCCAUGUCUGCUAUAUAUGGAGCUUGAACAUGACCGAGAACCAUUAAGCAUUCAGAUGUAACCAUAAGACCAUUAACAUCACAUGAAUUCUCAUCCAUUUCUCUUUUUAAAUGGGCAACGGUUCUGAUCAGUUUUACUGUUGCUAAGGAAACUAGGUGAACAACCCUUAAUAGAACGAUUGCAAGAUUUGAAAGGAUAAUUUCUCGUGAAACAAAACAUAUAUUUUAAUUGGAUCAGAACUUUUAUUUUGUAUGAAUAACCUUCUUCCUUUCUGUACCUCAUUUAAGUAAAACAUCUAGUAUAGAAGUUUAUUUUAUUCUCAAGGGUAAACAGCUAAUUCUUAUUAUUUUAAAUUACAUUUAAUACUCAAAGCAAUAGCUUUGGACACUAGAGUGCUUCACACAAAAUAAUGUUUAACUUUCAACAAAAAUGUUGGCUAUUUACCAGUUGCAUAAAGGAAUAAUUAUCAGUAAGUCGUCAGAAAUUGGAAAUAAGUCUAUGGUGCUAUAAAAACGCAACAUUGUGGCCUUGAUCAAUGAACCUUUAACCGUCAGAAAAAGAAAAAAACCUUUUUAACAAUAACUAUAGGCCUGUGUGUUAAAAAUAGAACAUUUUAAAUACAUUUUAACAAUAAAAGCUGGAGUUUAAACUAGCAUUUUUGUAGCUCUGGCAUUAUUGUGGUCUUUUUAGAUUCACCAAUUGUAUCCUUUCCCAUCAAGGCUUGGUUAUUUCUAAAUAUGACAUUUCCUAAAUCCUGCCUCUUCUGACCUCUGACAUUCAUUGUAUCAGUUGGAACUGAAUGUGCGCUUGGAUCAGGAGUGCUACGUGUAAUUGUGAAAUGUUGGUUUUAAUAAAAAUUUAGUUUUUAAUCUUG